AUGGCACAAAUCACCAGCGCACACCUCCAGACGCACAACACAGCCAAAGACCUCUGGGUGGCAGUUCAUGGAUACGUCUACGACCUGACUUCAUUCGCAGCCGACCACCCUGGCGGCAUUGACGUCCUUCUCGAAUGCGCCGGCACUGACGCAAGCGAGCCGUACGAUUACGCUGGGCAUGGAGAUGAUGCGACAACGACGAUGCAAAAGUUUAGGGUUGGGGAGCUCGCUGGGUAUCGCCAUGCCAAGAGCAAGACAAACACGGGUGGGGGGAGGCCUGUUGCAGAGUCUGCUAGUGGUAAGGGGUCGUCGUCGUGGAUUGUGAAGGCCACAUCGGUGCUCAAUUCCAGGAUGUUUUUGUCCUGUCUGAUCGGCGGUGCUGCGUUGCUUGGGUUGAAAUUACUUCAGCGAGCGCCUGUUGAAGGGGUAAAUGGGCGAUCGUUCAGUGGGGUGGAACCAGUGUAUUCUUUCUUGGGGGGGUUGCUUGUCGCGACAGUGGUCUGUCUUGUUGGUGCUGGGUAUGUCUACAAUGAGUUUAAUCGGACGCUGAAGCCUGAGAAGGACGUGUUCGAUUAUCCAGCGCUCAUUCCAAGGAGAAGAGACCAAAAGCUUGAAACAUUGAGCACUUAG